AUGACCGUGGCUCUUCGCCGUCGCCGACGUGAACACAGAGAGCCAGACGACGCGUUUGACAUGCCGGAUGACCAUUUUGGACGGCGUUUUCGCCUCUCGAAGGGAACGGCACGGUUGUUGUGCGAGGAACUGGCAGGGGAACUAGAAGCUGAGCGACCGACGGGACUGUCGGUGGAGCGGAAAGUGUUGUGUGCGCUGCAAUUCCUUGCUACCGGGAGCUUCCAGGCGUCCGUUGGGAGUGAGGAGACGAUCCGUAUGUCGCAGUCGACGGUGAGCGAGUGCGUGCGACGUGUGGCAGAGGCUGUCGUGAACGGAGGGGCCCGCAACAAGUGGGUCCAUUUCCCAAAGACAGCCGAGGAAAAGGCAGCGGUCAAGGAGGGUUUCCUUCGGCGCGGCGCCAUCCCCGGCGUCAUCGGAUGCGUAGACGGCAGCCUCAUAGCCAUUAUCGCACCCAAGGGUGAGCGCAAGGCUGUGUUCAUGUGCCGCAACGGAUACUACGCCCUCAACUGCAUGUUCAUCUGCGAUGCGGACAUGAAAAUCUUGGCCUUGGAGCCUCUGCGACCGGGGUCGGACAACGAGGCUUUCGUCUGGUGGACGACAUGGUUGCGCCGGCGGUUCCAAGUGGUGCGCAUCGUGAAUCCCCGGGAAUGCCUCCUCGGUGACAGUGGCUACCCCUUGGAGCCGUGGCUCCUGACCCCAGUUCCUGGCCAUCCUCCAGUGCACACAGCCGAGGGACAGUACAAGACAGCACAUGCCGCCGUGCCUUCCGUAGUGGAGAGCACAGAGAAGUUCACAAAAGCCAAGAUGUACAGCGCACGUCACACCUUCCGCUUCAUGGGAGGUGCUGUUGCACGCGCAGCUUCUAAGUCCUCCACCAUUUUGUCUCACAACAGCAAAGUCCCUCUCAAGUGA